AUGUACCUACUGGCGCAUACCCUCCGCGAACAAGAUUCGCCGCAACAUUUUGCAACACCUAAUAUGCCGUUUGAUAUGCCGCAGCUGGACCGCCUGGGCGACUUGGCGAUGCUGGAAACAACAGAUUCCAAUACCACAAAACACAUCGCCUUCAUCCCACUGUUUCCAAAGAUCUCGGGGGUCUGCAUCCACCGUAGGAGGGCUGUCAUCAAGCCCUCCCAACGUGGUCUUCCGAAUCCAAUGGAAUCGAAGCUCGAUUCCGUACAUGAGCUUCUCCUGGUUGACAAACUUGGUCUGUUUGCCUGCCGCUUCUUCAUAUCCUACGAAGCGGACUCGGCUGCUAUCAAGAUGGAAACGGACGCUGUACAAACCAUGGCAUCCGCAGCCCAGGGCACAUUCCAGGACGCAGCUUUCCGAUACCCCUAG